AUUAAAUACAUGCUUGAAAAUCAACUUUCAUUUCUGUUAUUUUAGUUUCAACCUGUUUUCCAGUUUGACACUCUUUGUGCAUAUAGUUGACUAAGAAUCCUUCCAGGGAAUCAAUUUCUUGUUCUAGAUUCCUUCCUUUCUAUUAUAGUCUUCACAAAUUACACUUAUUUUAUUGGUUUUCAGCUUCAACUCAAUCCACUUGAGCUGCUGAAAGAAACAAGCCUAAUCAUGAACAAGAAAUUUUCUUUAUUAUCUCUGGUAAUCCUCUUUGUUAUACUGGCCUGUCCUGGCCAUGGUCGGAUUUUUAUAGAUAAUCCAAGUUCUUCCAUGGUUUCUGAUGGAAAAUAUAGCAGUGCUCAGGGACAGCAGCCAUUUAUUCGUCUAUACGACUUGUUUUCAUCGGAUGGUAGCUGCGAUGAAACAUAUGGUUUCUUCCCAUGCACAACCACAAUCCUCGGAAACAUUUUCCUUAUUCUUGUCUAUGGUUAUUUGAUGUUCCUGUCUGCUAAGUUGUUGUCUGAUGGAAGUGAGAUACUUCUCCAAAUUCUUGGUCCUGGCAUUAUAGGUGGUCUUUUCUUGCCUGUGUUGAGUGCCCUUCCUGAUUCAGCUAUAAUCCUUGCAUCUGGGCUAUCUGGGAGCACAGAAACAGCUCAAAGUCAGGUGUCAGUUGGGAUGGGUUUGAUGGCUGGAUCAACUGUUCUGCUUCUGACAUUACUAUGGGGCUCUUGCCUCAUUGUUGGCAAGUGUGACAUUGAAGGUUCUGUGGCUGUAGACUCGAAAGAUACAAAAACAUUUAGCCUAAUCGGAUCUGGAGUGACUACUGAUAUUUGGACUAGUUUUGCUGCAAGGCUCAUGGUAAUAUCUAUUAUCCCCUUCAUAUUAGUUCAGCUACCACAAGUUUUGCACAGAACUUCUCAAAGCCGCUUAGCAAUUCUGGUUUCCCUAAUCGUCUCCCUUAUUUUAUUAGUUUGCUACAGCCUAUAUCAGGUUGUUCAGCCAUGGAUUCAGAAGAGAAGAAUUGCAUAUGCGAAACAUAAGAACAUAAUAUCAGGAAUACUUAAAGAUUUAAAAAAGCGCUCGCUUGGAAGACUUUUCACAGUUAAUGGUGAUCUUAACAGAGAUAUUAUUCAAAAGUUAUUCAAGACAAUAGAUGACAACUCAGAUGGAUACCUGACAAUUGCAGAGUUGAAGGCACUUAUAAUUGGAAUCCAGUUUGACGAGUUAGAUAUUGAUGUUAGUGUUGCAGUUGAUCAAGUAUUGAAAGAUUUUGAUACAUCAGGCGACUCGUGUGUCGAUAUGGAUGAGUUUACCCGUGGAAUUUCAAAGUGGCUCCGUGAAGCUAAACAUUCUGCUAGAUAUUUUGAUGACCACAGUAGAGGAUCAUCGCAAGUUUUAACAGGCUUUGAUCAGCAAACAAGUGCAGAAGAAGAUGUUUUAGGAGAUCAGACUGGUGAAAUUUCAUCAAAUCCUGGAAACCCGAAAUGGAAUACAACAAAAGCAGUGCUGAUGUUGAUUUUAGGAACAAUUGUUGCUGCUGUAUUUGCUGAUCCACUGGUAGAUGCUGUUGACAAUUUCUCAACUGCUUCAAACAUUCCUACCUUCUUUGUAUCCUUCGUGAUCUUGCCAUUUGCUAGCUCUAGUGAGGUGGUCUCAGACAUGAUCUUUGCCAGCAGGAAGAAGUCAAGAUAUGCUUCUCUAGCAUACUCUGAGAUAUAUGGGUCGGUGACAAUGAGCAAUGUUCUUUCCCUGUCAGUGUUCUUGGGACUUGUCUACUUUCGGGGUUUGACAUGGAACUUCUCAUCUGAAGUUCUGAUAAUUCUGAUUGUGUGCAUUGCGAUUGGCCUAAUUGCCAGUUUACGCACCACUUUCCCUCUUUGGAUGUCUCUGGUGGCUUAUGCAAUGUACCCUUUCUCUCUGUUGCUUGCUUAUAUCUUCAACUAUGUUUUGGGGUGGUCCUAAAUCCUAGCCUUACUUUACAGACCAGUAAAAUAACAUCACCAUUGUUAAACAUGCCUUGAGUUACUUCCAUUUGAUGCCCAAAGGCUGAAGUAUA